AUGGCCCUCCCGAUACAAGAUCUUCCUGCCUGGGCCCGCCUCAACGAUGUCUCCUUCGACAAUGUCGAGGUAACCACCACCGUGGACAAGGGAUACGGCGUGGUCAGCCAAAAGGACCUCGCUGCCCCUGAAGGCACCGUCGAGACCCCACAGCUGCUCGCCGUCCCUCACGACCUCAUCCUCAACUCUCUGGCUGUCGAGGAACACGCAAAAGAAGACAAAGAGUUCAAACAGCUCCUAGAAGCCGUCGGACACCAUACGGCUGACAAUAACGUAGCCACCCCGCGUCAACGUUCUGCUCUUCCUGCUUGUUCAACAGUCUUGCUGCCUACCGUCUGGACCGAGGACGAAAGGCCACUGUUGAAAGGCACCUCACUGGAGGUGGCUGUGGGAGCAAAACUCAGAGCCCUCGACAAUGAGUUUGAAAUGAUCCGAGAAGCCUCGUCUGAUAUCCCUUACUGGAACGGCCUUCUUUGGCACAGUGGCGCCGUCUCGCUCAAAGACUGGGUGCAUCUCGACGCCCUCUAUCGAUCAAGAUGCCUGGAGCUUCCCAAAUCCGGAGAGUCAAUGGUCCCCUGCAUCGACAUGAUCAACCAUUCGUCCGACCCAAGUGCCUACUACGACCAAAACUCCGACUACGAGGCAGUACUGUUACUUCGCCCGGGAGCGAGCAUGUCCAAGGGUCAGGAAGUAACCAUCAGUUACGGCGACACCAAGUCUGCAGCUGAGAUGCUCUUUAGCUACGGCUUCAUCGACCCCGAAUCGACGUCCGAGAGCCUGGUACUCCCUCUGGCACCCUUUCCCGACGACCCAUUGGCCAAGGCGAAGCUUGUCGCGUUUGGGAAAGCGCCCAAAGUCCACGUGGCUCGGGAGAGCGGCAGCAUCCGGUGGGACAGCAAUUUUGCAUAUCUCAAGUGUGUCAACGAGGAGGACGGCCUGGACUUUCGCAUCCUGCAGGACAACGAGGGAAACCAGCAGCUGCGCGUUUUCUGGCAAGAUGAAGACGUUACAGAUCAGAUUUCCGAGUUCCAAAAACUAGUAGCCCAAACUCACCCCCUCCCCGAAGUCCUCAGACUUCGAGUUGCCGUCUCAGUUCAGGAGAACCUUGAGAUCCAUCUUGAGCAGCUCAAGUCGGAGCUUCCCCGCCACGACUCUUCGACAGUCAGAGAAGAAUGUCUCAAGCAUGGUCUGCUGCUCCGACAGAUCGAAACGAGUCUAUUGGAAGAUGCCAUCCAAGCGUUGGAACAAGAGAAAAACUCGCUACUGGAAGCCGAAAACGUGGUGGCUUAUCUCGGAUCGAUGGAGACUUCCAAUUCGGACCUAGUCGGCGAAGAGGCGUCCAAUGAGGCCGACGACUUCAGCUAA